AUGCCGGACUCAAAUGAGAAGGGAGCUGGCACCACCGGCAACAAACGUCCACGUAGCGACGACGCCGAUGGGGACGAAACAGCGCCUCAACAUGAAAUACCCGAUAAUGCGAGCGUUCCCAAGCCAAAACGACUGGCAUGUAUGAUAUGCCGGAAGCGCAAGCUCAAAUGCGACGGAGUCAGACCUAGCUGCAGUACCUGCUCCCGUCUUGGUCAUACUUGCGCCUACGACGAACAGCGGAGGAAGAGUGGUCCUAAGCGUGGUUACGUCAAGGCUUUGGAGGAGCGACUGAGUGAGCCUCUUCCCGACAUACCAUCGACAAUUGGAUUUACUGACGAACCUCCGCAGAAUAUUCCAAAGAACAUCAAUGUCGCAAUGUCCGGACCACCUCAGACAGCAUCCCCUGCGAAUCUUAAUAUCUCAAAUGCGUCUAUAAAUCUCACCGGGGAUCAUAGUAUGGACCAGCACUGGAACUUCACCGAUAAGUCGCCGCAGCAAGGUGCCAUGGACGACUUCAAUUUCAAUGCCAGUCUAGAUAUGGGCAUGAACAAUGUUGGUGGUACUUUCACGUGGGAAAUGAUUGGUCUGGGACUCGAGGAGCCUCUGCCUCCCCAAGAAACCAUUGACGAGCUUCACCAGAUUUAUUUCGAGAAGGUUCAUCCGUCUAUUCCCAUGAUUCACAAAUACCGUUACCUUGCCGCCAUGAAUCUUGCUCCGAACCAAAGACCGCCGGUUUGUUUGCGAUAUGCCAUGUGGACUCUCGCAUGCACCAUAACAGAUAAGUAUGCAGAUCUGAAAGAUCUCUUCUACCGCAGAGCGCGGAAGUAUGUUGAAGCAGAUUACGUCAAGGGUUAUGGAGAACACAUGAUCUCUAUUGCUCACUGCCAGACACAUACUCUGCUGGCCUCUUAUGAAAUGAAGAUGAUGUAUUUUCCCCGGGCCUGGAUCAACACUGGCUCUGCUAUCCGCCUGGCUCAAAUGACUGGUCUCCAUAGACUAGACGGGACGGGCCUCGACGUCAAGCAAUGUCUUGCGCCACCGAAGGAUUGGACAGAGCGAGAGGAACGGCGUCGAACAUUCUGGAUGGCUUUCUGUCAGGACCGGUAUGCCAGUAUUGGCACGGGCUGGCCCAUGACCAUCGACGAACGCGACAUCAUGACCAAUCUCCCUGCCUCAGAAGAUGCCUUCAUCAUGAGCAAACCCGAGCAGACACAGUCACUAUCAGAAUGCACUAGCCCCAUGGGUGCAGGUAAGCUGUCGCCUUUUGGAGGUAUCGUGCUCAUGGCCUGCCUGUUUGGCAGAAAUCUGGUACAUCUGCACCGUCCUGAUGCCGAUGACCUUGACAACGACCUGAAUGGUCCGUUCUGGAAACGACACCGCCAGAUGGACAAUAUUCUCCUUAACACAUCCCUCUGUCUUCCUCCCCAACUCAAGCUUCCCACUGGCUUGUCGAAUCCUAAUAUUGUCUUCACAAACAUGAGUAUCCAUACCUCGACCAUCUGUCUACAUCAAGCCGCUAUCUUCAAAGCGGAGAAGAACAACUUGCCCGCAUCGGUCAGUGCCGAAAGCAAAGUCAGAUGCAUCACAGCUGCCAACGAGAUUGCCAGCAUCAUGCGCAUGAUUUCCCAUAUGGAUCUCUCAACAGUGAACCCGUUCAUAUCCUUCUGCCUAUACGUAUCAGCGCGAGUAUUUGUGCAGUACCUUAAGAGCCGACCGGACGAUAGCCAAACGGCAGACUCACUUCGUUUCUUGCUCUCUGCAAUGAACGCGCUGAAACGCAGGAAUCCAUUGACUGAGUCGUUCCUCGUUCAGCUCGAUGUCGACCUCGAAGCACUUGCACUGAGAAUCCCCAAGCUGAAGACAGCCUUCCCACGCAAUAACGAUGCACCUACCAAUCCAGGAGCGCCCAGAGGUGCUAGGUGUGACAACCCGGAGGGAAUGCAGGGUAUAGCAGCAUAUCGUAAUGAAUGCAACUAUAUGCAACCCUCGAGAGGUGACGGGAAUCAAACCGAUCUUGUUGAACCUAAUCAUAGCGUACCAGAGAUCACGACCGCUGAAGAGAGUUUCGCUACACAGGCUUGGAUGUCGUCUGACCAACAAUUACCCAUUCUUACACCGAGCUCAGGGGCGACGUUCGAAAAGACUGGAUCUGGCAGUCGGACAAUGUCUGGUUUUGGCGACGUCACAGGUGACAGCCAAGAUGCUUCAGGAUCGCCUGAUGGAUUGACAUCAAAUCGACCUACACCAAAUUCGAGCUCAGGAUCUGACCAGCGGAACCAUCUGGCCCCCGGGCAGCUGAACGGAUCCGGACACAACUCUUUCAACGCGAGCCCAAUGUCGCCAAACCAGACUUUGAUGAACCCGGGAGUUCUCGAUGGGAGCACACAAGGAUUCUUUUCGGACACAGCUGGAUUUACGAUGCCGAGCAGCCUUGACCAGAGUGGAGGCUUUUCAAUGCCCGAUGGUUGGGGAGACAUUCAAGGACAAUCAGGGAUACCACAAGUUGGCGAGGGCGUUUUACGGGCGUUGAUGAAUAUGGGACCAAUGGACGCCAUGGAUUUGGGAACAUGGGAAGCAAAGGACACCUGA